UCGGUGCAUAACAAUUAACAGAGGUUUCAUGCAAAGCUAAGAUUCUUAGUAUAAAAAUCAGCAAUCAUUCCACCAACCCGUUGUCUUCAAUCCUAUCAUGAGCCAAGAGUCAAGAAGCACAUCAGCCCUGGAGGCCCGCACCCCGUCUACUUUUAUCAUAUUCUCUCCCUUCUCACGCUUCCUUUAACCAUGGCUAGCAGCACAGAUGAGCCAUCCCAGCCUCUGCUGCUUCACAAGAAUCCUCCAUCAGAAGCACCACCAGUAGAGAGCAGAGCAGAUGAGAUCGACUCUUCGUCUAACCCGUACCCUCCUAUCGCCUUCAACUAUGGGCCGAGGCGCUUCCACGACCUCCCUUUCCUCUUCCUCUUCAUCAUCUUCGUACUCUGCACCAUUUGUUUCGGCAUUUUCUGCAUUACCAACCAUAAUUCCAACUAUAGCAACGUCAGUUCGUUCGCUUACGACACGAAUACGUCCUCCUGCAAGGUGUCCUCGUCCCUUCUCGUCGAAAGAGGAUUAUGGUCGUGGCUGAAUCGAUCUAACGUCGAAGCCAAUUCGUUUCUGAAAGAUUUGGUUUGGACCCUUGUGAUAACGGCGGUGUUGAGCGUGCCGUUUCUGUUUGGUAUCCUUUUACUGCUGAAGAAUUACGCCAAACAGGUAGUCUACGCCUCGCUGCCCUUUUUCGUCUUGAUCCCUGUCUUCUUCAACGUUUUCUGGUUCGUUGCCUGCACUGUUGGGGAGAAUUGCAGGGAGUCGUUCCCCCUGGUUUACCGGAUUCUUGCGCUCCUGUUCGUUUUCCUGGUGAUUGGCGUGAUUGUGUGGAUAAUUGUGGCGAACUGGCACAGGAUUGAGCUGACAGUGAGGAUCUUAGCCACUUCUGCGAAUGCCUUGGAGCAUAACAAGGGGUUGUUUGUCCUUUUGCCGAGCUUGACGCUUGCCCUUCUGAUUUACUUCGUCCCCAUAGUUGUGUUUCUGAUCUUUGCGCGGUUUAAUGGCAAGAUUGAACCUCAGUUAAGUGAGAGCUCUGGUGAUUACUCCUGCGUCUGGAAACAAGAUCGAUGGGUGCCUGCAUAUUACGCAUUGGCCAUUCUUACGAUGCUUUGGUCGAUCGCGGUGAUGAUCGAAGCCCAGGUGUAUAUAAUCAGUGGGACUGUUGCACAGUGGUACUUUGCAAAGGAUGAUUCAAUGAUGCGGCGGAGAAUAAGGAAUUCAUUCAGAAAUGCAUUCGGUCCAUCCUUUGGCACUGUAUGCUUUUCAGGCUUAUUGAUUGCUGCCAUUCGCUUUGUGCGAGCUGCUGUAGAUAGUGCAAGACGAGAAGAUUCCACUGGAGUAGUGAAUCUUAUUCUUCGGUGUUGUGUCAAUUUCCUACUCUCAGCCAUUGACUUUCUGAACAAAUUCACAAUAAUCUUUGCUGCCAUAGCUGGUGAAAGUUAUUGUUCAAGCUCCAGGAUGACAUAUGAACUCCUGAGACGUAAUCUUCUCUCUGCUGUUGUCGUUGAAACAGUAUCUACUCGUAUUCUACUAGGAAUCACAUUUGUUAUCUCUGCAAUCUAUGCAAUAGUGGUCUGUGCAAUAUUGAGGGCUGUGAGUGAUCUUGGUGCUGAUGUAUAUCUUAUAGCUGUUUUCGCAUGGUUGCUUCUCUUUGUGGUCUUCUCCUUCUUCAUCCAUGUUUUGGAUAAUGUCAUUGACACCAUAUACAUUUGCUUUGCAAUAGACAGAGAUAAAACAGAGGUCUGCAAGCCAGAUGUCCAUGAAGUGUAUAUUCAACUUCCCCUUACUAGAAGUGAGAGGCUCGCCCAUGUCACUGGAAGUGUAGUUUAAUGGGUAGAAUUAGUCUUUUAGUUGUUUUCUCUGUAGAUGAGAAACUGUUCUAUCUGACAUGUUUGGGCAGCUGCUAGGCUCAGCUGCCUGUUGUUAUGGGAUCUUUUGUGCAGUGAGUUUGUAUAAAGUAGCAAUGGUCUAAUAAGUUGGUCUUUAGGUGUAAUUUUUGAACUACAUUGUAUCGGAUAGAUUCUUUUUUAAUAAUCGAAGUGGACCGUUGCGUUGGUUCAA